AAAUAAUUACAUGUCGCCAUUGGCGACUAUAAACUAGUACAAUAUAGACUUACCAAAAAUGGACCAUAUAUGUAUAUAUAAAGAGGUAAUCGAUAAUCGGGGCUAUUUUUUCAGAGCAACGGACGUUUCAGAUCUCUGAUUAAGGAAUUUCACACAGUGUGUUGCGUAUGGCUUCCUUCAAGGCAUUUUUGAACAGUCCUGUUGGCCCCAAAACAACUCAUUUUUGGGGUCCCAUAUCCAACUGGGGAUUUAUCAUUGCUGGACUCGUAGACACACAGAAACCCCCAGAAAUGAUAUCAGGCAACAUGACUUCAGUAAUGUGCGUGUAUUCUGCACUGUUCAUGAGAUUUGCAUGGAUGGUACAGCCUCGUAAUUAUCUACUUUUGGCAUCCCAUGCCUCGAAUGAGACGGUGCAACUUUAUCAGCUAUCACGUUGGGCAAAAAGUCAAGGAUAUUUGCAGCAGAAAGCAGACAAAGCAGUGUGAUCUAGUGUUCUUUCCUGUUUAAUUCUGGACCUCUGUGUAGUUUCGGUAAUUUUCCAUCACUCUUUGCACAGAUUAUUGUCCAUGAUCAUCCAAGAGCUGAACUAGCUGCUCAAAGUAUUACAUAUGCCACAGUAAGCAUAAUUUGAAUGGCAAGAAAUGUUAGUAUGGAACAAUUCAAUAUAUUUGUGAUUUCACCCCGCA